CGUAGUAGCAGGUGGAGAGUGGAGCUGAGGAAGUGCGAACAUUGCUGCACUCUGGUUAGUUAAUGAAAUUGCUUUUAAGUUGCUCUACCUAGUGGUUAACACGCAGAGCUGCACAACUUUCUCUAGUUCACCAAUGAGUGACGCACAGACCUCUCCGAUAUGAAACUAGCUGCUUUUAAAAGCUAGCAUGCCGGCUAACUUGCUAGCACGUUACAUAUAGCUGGCUAGCCAUCUGCAACAUUCAUAUUUGCCUCUUCUCCGCUUCCAGUCCGCUAGGUAUGUCGAUAUGGCACACAGGAAAGAAGUGUUUCAAUCGAAAGUUCUCCAGAAGCUUUACCCUGCAGUUCCCAAACUGGAGAAGGAGCCCAGCCCGCCACGCAUUGUAGAGGCUCUAACCAAGAAAACCUAUGUAAAACGAAAAGCCUCUCAAGAGGACACUGCUGCUGGAGAUGCAGGGCAGACGCAGAGUGCAGCCAAUCCCCAAAGGCGAAUGUACACGGUCCUACCUCCUCCUGCAGACUACAAGACACAUUCAGAGAAAUCUGUCACACUUCCCCAACUAGAAAGCAUAAAUAGUGCCGAGGACCCAGCUGAAGAGAGCGACCGUGAGAGCAACGAGGAACUAGACCAAGAUAAAGAUCAGGACAAACAGACAAGAAAAAGGAGAAGAAGGAAAAGGAAACCAGCUCUUGACCAAGACUCUGGGAAAGAUGGUGCAGCUCCAGGGAGCGAGUCCAGUGCAGGUCAGAGUCAGACGGCCGUGGAUGGGGGAGCAGAGCACAUUAGCAGGAACAAGAGGAGGAAGCUGAAAAAGAAACGGCACAAAGAGAAGUUGCUCUCCAUGGGUGUGAUGCACCGAGCUACUGCCCUGGAGUUCACAUACCAAAAAGAUGGCGAGGAGGAGGAGGAGGAUAACGAGAGGAGAGCUGCUGAGGUGUCGGACUUCCUCAGGACAACACUGGAAAUCUAUAUGUCUGAUUCCUCAUUGUGUGUAGACAAGCUUCCCCUCCUGUCUGGCGCAGUGGAUGACCUUCUGAGCCACAUAUCCAGCGGAUGUAAACCUAACCCUGUCCUGAAGCAGCUGUACAGUCUCAAGGCCUUUGUUCAACAGAGAGAGACAGACAAAGUGGAAAAGGCACUGAAGGAGCUCGACAGCAGCUCCUGUAUGUCUGCAGAGGAAACCACUGCAGUCGUUUCACUGUUCCAAUACUGGAUCACAGACAUUCUUCCCAUGCAGGGAGACAAGAAGACAGGACUUUCUACCCCACAUCCAUGAGACUGUCAGUCACACUGAAACAGAGACUCUGCUGAAGUAUUAUUUCUACCAUUGGAUUUUGAAAUCUUCUUUUUAUACACUGCAAAAUGUUGGACUUAAUAUGAUGCUAAAUAUAAAAUAUUUUUAUUAUUAAAUAUUUUUUCUCUUGU